GAUAAACCUAGGCUGGUUGCGAAAAUGUAUCAUAUGGCCCCCCUCCCUGGGUUUAGUGUCUUGCUAGUUAAACUUUUAUGAAACUAGACUGUUGGAGAAGUGUCCAGCUUGGGAACUUUUGUUAUAAUGACUUACGUGUAGCAUAUUUUACAAGUGAGUACAAUUUACUACAAGGCACCCGUCGCGCAAGUUAAAGAAUUUUUUUCACCUAAGUUGUCUAAUAUUACCAAGUGUCUACCUCUACCUCUUGCCUACCGCUACCCGAAGCUUACCACUAACUAUUGCCUACCUUUAACUUGUGUCUACCUCUUCUCAUUUCAUACCACUACCUCUUGCUUACCUCUUCCUGGUGUCUAACUCUACCUUUUUUCUACCUCUACCUCUAUUUUGAAACUUUGUUAAUUACUCAAAUUAAUAUUUAGUGUUUAGCAUGCGUUACUUUUAUUCUAUUAAAAGUGACCUCUUUUGUCAUCUACCACAACAGAAAGUUUAACUUCACUUUCAAUUUCAGCUUUAUUAGUAACAUACGCAAAUAAAAAUUUUGAUGUCAACCAUGAUUGUUACCCCCCCCCUUUUCCCGUGUCACUAACUGUCACACUUUAAUAGACCCCCUCCAGAGUGUGACGUAGUAUAUGGGCGGCCCCCUUAAUGAUAAGAAUGCUCAAAGCUAAAUAUUUGUACAUCUGUCAGGUCAAACAUUCAAACUAGGAAGAAAAGAUUAUGUUAAUCCCUUUGUUCUUAGUUCCCAUUUCAUCCCCCUCAACUUAUCAGUGCUAGUGCAUGUUGUCAUGAGUCGCUGUGGGGAAGUAAAGAUUAUAUUAACCCUUUGUUCUUAGUUCCCAUUUCAUCCCCCUCAACUUAUCAGUGCUAAUGCAUGUUGUCAUGAGUCGCUGUGGGGAAGUAAAGAUUAUAUUAACCCUUUGUUCAUAGUUCCCAUUGGAUCCAUUCAACUUAUCAGUGCUAAUGCAUGUUGUCAUGAGUCGCUGUGGGGAAGUAAAGAUUAUAUUAACCCUUUGUUCUUAGUUCCCAUUUCAUCCCCCUCAACUUAUCAGUGCUAGUGCAUGUUGUCACGAGUCGCUGUGGGGGAUAGCAUUGUCUAAUAUAGGUCCCUUUCCGUAUGGCCACAGAAAUCACUGUCAAAGAGUCUAGAACUGCCGCUUCUUUUUCCAGCCCCUACAAGGCUGAAGUGUAGUAAGAGGUCUAAGACGUUGUAAAGCUAAGGUUUCUUUAUUGACGGUUAAAAUGUGCAAUACAUUAAACAAAUUGCAUACUGAAAAUAAUCACUGAUUUUCCAGAUUCAAUAUUAGUUUCCGAAAAAUACGACACCAUCUAUCACAAGAAAAAAAAAAAUUCCUGCCUGGCAAAAACUAUGGAAUUUAUUUAAUUAAAUACGUUUUAAACAAGACAAAAAUUUUACUAUUAAUUCAAGUGUAACUUUUUUAAUUACAAAUGUUUAUUGACUUGUGUUGUCUGCUGAACGAGGCAGCUAGCCGCAACGUCCAAUUAAUUGUCUUGUCUUGUAUGUUCAAGCCUAACAUAACUUGUAGCAUUCUCUUUAUGUGACCUGAUUUAGCCUUAUGCCAUCUUGUAGUGUCUGCCUCUCUGGCCAAAUAAUAUUUUAAAGAGAUGUAGUUUUUUGUUUUUUUUUACAAUUUUAUAUUUUGGAGAAUGUAUUGAUCUUAUUUAAAUCUAUUUUUGCUUCUAAUUUUUUGAGUCAAAUAAGACUAUAAAAUUGCUAAAAAUCUUCCUUUUUAAAAAAUCCCAAAUGUUUCUUCUACUUUGCAGCGUAGUAGACUAGAAUCUUGAUUUCACAACAUCACACACUGAAUUAAGGUGACCGAAUAUGUGAACGCACGGUAAUUGAAUACAGCCUGACUCCAAACCAGGAUACUAUAUCGUAAUUUAUUUUUAUUUUCUGAAUAUUAAAGAUCUUACAUGUGAGCAGUGUUGAAGCAUGGCAAGAUCUGCAAAAUUCUGCAUGUUCGUAGCUGUACUUUUUGCAUCAGGUGCCCUGUACUUUACCGCCUCUUUAAAAAACACAAGAGAAUGGAUAUUGGAGUCUUAUAUCAGCAAUUUCAACAAUUAUUUAGACAUGAGUCCUACACCAAUUUCCGGGAAACCAAAAUCCUCGACAUCAAAUUCCCCGAUACCAAAAUCAACUAUAUCGAGAUCCAUGAUACAAACAUCAAUGAAAUGGACUUCCACGAAACCAACUUACAUUUUACCAACAUCCACGAUAUCAUCUGCACCCAUACUUACAUCAACGAUAACACAAUCCACGAUUCCGACAUUCAAAGAAGGAAAAUCCACGAUGCCAACUUCCACGACAACACAAUCCACGAUACCAACAAAAACGAUACUAACAGCCAUACCAGGAACUUCAAAUUUGACAAACAUAAACUGGUCAGGAAUUCAUUCAUCGCCUUCAUUUGUACAUACGGGUAUUAGCAGAAUCAAAUUGCCGGAUAAAAGCAUUAAUGCUGCGAGCUUAACUACCCGACUUGAGAAAAAGUAUUAUAGUAAAUUUGAUCGGAUACCCGCGCAAUUGUACGGAGUACCUGAAGUAGACUGUGCCGCCCUCUUCCAAGGCGAUGAAAAAGCAUUAAAUAAUGCCACAAAAGUAAAGACGACAGUCGGUAGUGCUUUAACAGAUGAGUUUUAUUUGAAUGCCACAACCGACUGCGAUGAUUUUCAAGUGAGUCGCGGUUAUGUCAUGUCAUCAUUAACAGACGAGGAGCAAAACUUUCCCAUCGCGUAUUCGUUAGUUGUGUACAAAGAUUCCGAAAUGGUGGAACGGCUGCUGCGGGCAAUCUUUAGGCCACAAAACUACUAUUGCAUUCAUGUGGACCUCAAGGCGACCGAAAGUUUUCACAAAGCUAUGGCGGCCAUAGCUCAAUGUUUCCCUAACGUGUUCUUAUCUAACAAGAGGGUUGACGUCAAAUGGGGUACAUUCACGGUGAUAGAGUCUGAGCUCAUCUGCAUGAAGGAACUUUGGCGCUACAGGAAGUGGAAAUAUUUCAUCAACCUGACGGGCCAGGAGUUCCCGCUGAAGACGAACUUUGAACUGGUGAAGAUCUUAGAAGCUUUCAAGGGAGCCAACAACAUCAAUGGAACUAUAAAAAAGUAAGUGACAGGUUAUUGACAUUAUGUCCACCUAUUUAAAAGAUCAUUAAAAACCUUUGUAAUAUCAGUUGAUCGAAAUAUUUUUAAUUCGCACUCUUAGUUAUAUUCGCGAAAGUUUGAGACUAGAAGGAGAGUCUUAAAUUGGUUGAGGUAAAACGUUGUUGGGUUUGCGAGGAAGGGCAAUAAAAAUCAGACUCCCUGAACAAAUCUGCAAAGUCUCACCCAGAAUUCAGAAUCGCCAGUCACUUAUUUGUGUGUAAAAAAACUGGCGUGCAGACCACCUUCAAAAAUGUGGUGUCGGCAGACUACCUUUGAACAAAGGGGUAUGGGCAAUUAGCAGACAGCAAAAGGUUAGAGAUUUGCAUUUGCUAAAAUGACGCUUAAUACCGAACAAGACCCCUGGUGGAAAUUGGGUAACUUUUCACCAUAGUCGUGUGACCCAAAUGUGAACCGAGCACUGCCCCACUAACUCAUAAUUUAACAGGCUAGACAACCACAGGGACCCGAACUGUCGGCUCUUUACUAUGAACCAGGAGACCCUAGCUCAUCUGUUGACUAGGUGCCCUGCACUGGAUGUAAGGGGUGAUCGGCCAGGGUGGCGCGAGAGUCCUACGUUACCACGUUUUACAAGACAGCCCAGCAGAUGGAGCUGGUAGCCAUUGUACUAGCCGGCACCGCCCAGCAGAUGGAGCUGGUAGCCAAUGUACAGCCGACACAGCCCAGCAGAUGGAGCUGGUAGCCAAUGUACUAGCCGACACAGCCCAGAAGAUGGAGCUGGUAGCCAAUGUUCUAGCCGACACAGCCCAGAAGAUGGAGCUGGUUGCCAAUGUUCUAGCCGACACAGCCCAGAAGAUGGAGCUGGUUGCCAAUGUUCUAGCCGACACAGCCCAGAAGAUGGAGCUGGUUGCCAAUGUUCUAGCCGACACAGCCCAGAAGAUGGAGUUUUUAGCCAAAAAAUUCCCAAAAAGCACCGACCCACCACUCAUAUUUUUACAGAUGACCUAUCAACGGUGUGAUUGAUUUCACUUUUUUUUCAGGGCGUCUUAUCUUUGGUAUAAAUUGGUGUUCUAUAAACACUGUUGUUAUUAUGUGAUUUUAUAUAACAUAAUAUGUGUUACUUUUUAAUGAGGCAUGUCUUUAAUGCUCGUUAUCCCUUGCAAUCCUAUGCCUAUAAAUAUGAAUGAAUUUUUUUUUUCUGUUUACACCAGCGCGUACAGACACCGAUGGAGAAACACACUACCCCCGUUGGGAAUACAGCCAUCUUUGGGACCCGUUCACAUCUCUGCCAACAGGUCAUUAUUGGCACGUUUCAGUUUUUUCAGUAGUUGCAAUUUUUUCUUUCCCAUGACACAUUUUUGUGUUUUACCGUUUGUGUGUACCAUUACAGCCCAGAAUGCUGGUCAUUGCUUUUGGUGGGAGGUAUUAGGGAGGACAGAGAAACAGUCUGGAGGUAUUAGGGGGACUGAGAAACAGUCUGGAGGUAUUAGGGGGGACUGAGAAACAGUCUGGAGGUUUUAGGGAGCCGAGAAAUGGUCUGGAGGUACUACGGGAUGGAGAAAUAGUGUCGAGAUACGAGGUUGCUGAGAUUUUGGUUUGAAAUGAGUUUCACAGAAUCUGUUCCCGUCAAAUUCUGGGCGUGCCACCCAGCAAUAAAUAUUUGUAUAAAGUCGUGUUUUAGUUCGGACCUUUUUGUUAAUAGUUGUCUGAUUUCAAUCCUUAACAUCAAGGUUUUCUAUAAAAAAAACAACAACAAAAACACAGUAGUGGGGGGGGGGGUGGGGGGGAAUUACAUGAAAACCCCAAGGAGAGCAAGAAAUAAGGAAAAGCAUCAAUCCUUAACAUCAAGGUUUUCUAUAAAAAAAACAACAACAAAAACACAGUAGUGGGGGGGGGGGUGGGGGGGAAUUACAUGAAAACCCCCAGUAGAGCAAGAAAUCAUGAAAAGCAUGUAACCAUGAUUAGGACACAGCAUGAGCAAAGCAAUGCCAAAUAUAACAAGGUAAGCACUUCAUGGCAUACUCAAGGGUCAAAGGGCAGAGAAGGACCACGGAACAACCUGAUGGAGAGAGGUAAGCAGGUCCGUCAUGAAGAUUGAACAGAGUUGAAAAGAUUUAAGAGAUAGCAAAGAGACCGAAAGGCUUGAAAAGAAAUAUCUGUUGGCUUAACCUCCAAUGGAAGUUAAAAAUUUUAAAAAAAGAAUGAAGAGUCUGAUUGUACCACACAUGUAUUGAAAAGGAUGUGUGUUACUGUGACUGCACCACACAACCACGCAUUUUUAAAAAAAAAAGUGUUUUUCUGUGACUGCGCCGCACAGCCACGCAUGUAUUGAAAUGGACGUGGGUUCUUCUGACUGUGUAACCACUCCAUGUUUAUUUAAAAGUCACGAAACGAGCGAGGUGCAAGACGGUACGGAUCCAGUGCAAACCAUGCAUUUCAUCAAAAGCGAUGAAACGAACAGUUAUGUAGCUAGCUGCCCUGCCAGUAUAAAGGUCGGGUUAACUGAGAGACGGCAACUGACACAGUUUUUUUUCUUCUCUAGAUCAUUUUUUAAAAUUAAAUGUUCUUGCCAUGAGGUUAAGUAUUGUGAAGCAUGAAGGAGGUUGAUAGGCGGAGCGAGACGAUAAUAUGUUGUGGAAGGCAGUGAUAGAAAAAGGGAGACAAUAAGUUGUUGUGGAAGGCAGUGGUAUAAAAAGUUAAACAAUAAGUUGUUGUGAAAGGCAGUGGUAGAAAAAGGGAGACAAUAAGAGGUCGUGAAUGGCAGUGAUAGAAAGAGGGAGACAAUAAGAGGUCGUGAAAGGCAGUGGUAGAAAAAGGGAGACAGUAAGUUGUUGUGAAAGGCAGUGGUAGAAAGAGGGAGACAAUAAGACGUCGUGAAAGGCAGUGAUAAAAAGAGGGAGACAAUAAGAGGUCGUGAAAGGCAGUGAUAGAAAGAGGGAGACAAUAAAAGGUUAUAAAAGGCAGUGGUAGAAAAAGGGUGACAAUAAGAGGUCGUGAAAUGCAGUGAUAGAAAGAGGGAGACAAUAAGAGGUCGUGAAAUGCAGUGAGAGGCAGAGGGAGACAAUAAAUGGUUGUAAAAGGCAAUGAUUGAAAAAGGGAGACAAUUAGAUGUUGUGGAAGGCAGUGAUAGAAAAAGGGAGGCAAUAAGAGGUUGUGAAAGGCAGUGAUAGAUAAAGGGAGACAAUUAGAGGUUGUGGAAGGCAGUGAGAGGCAGAGGGAGACAAAAAAUGGUUGUAAAAGGCAGUGAUAUAAAAAGGGAGACAAUUAGAGGUUGUGGAAGGCAGUGAUAGAAAAAGGGAGGAAAUAAGAGGUUGUGAAAGGCAGUCAUAGAAAAAGGGAGGCAAUAAGAGGUUGUGAAAUGCAGUGAUAGAAAAAGGUAGACAAUAAGAGGUCGUGAAAGGCAGUGAGAGGCAGAGGGAGACAAUAAAUGGUUGUAAAAGGCAGUGAUAGAAAAAGGGAGACAAUAAGAGUUUGUGAAAGGCAGUGAUAGAAAAAGGGAGGCAAUAAGAGGUUGUGAAAGGCAGUAAGAGGCGGAGGAAGGCAAUUAAAGUUUGAGAAAGGCAGUGAUGGAAAAAGGGAGACAAUAAGAGGUCGUGAAAGGCAGUGAGAGCCAAAGGGAGCUCUUAUGUUUUGAAAGACAGUGAUAGGCAUUAAGGGGUUUUGAAAGGCAGAGGAAGGCAAUAAGAGGUUGAGAAAGGCAGUGAUAGAAAAAGGGAGACAAUAAGAGGUUGCGAAAGGCAGUGACAGAAAAAGGUAGACAAUAAAAGGUUGAGAAAGGCAGUGAUAGAAAAAGAGAGACAAUAAAAGGCUAUAAUAGGCAGAGGGAGGCAAUAAAGGGAUGUGAAAGGCAGCGGUAGGUGGAUUAAGAGACAAUUUUAAACCCUUACACAAAAAGAAGUUCAACUAAAGAUGACAUCCAAGAAAACUUUCACACAAGCCAAUUUACCACUGAAUUUUAAAUUUUUAAAACUAUAAGUUCUAGGACUGUCAAAUAACGUCAUUGUUAAAUCAUUCUAAUUUUUUUUUUACAUUCGUGAUUUUAAUUAUAACCUUAUUUCUACUAACGUCUGAUAUUCCAUGACUCUAGAUCUCCCAGCAUUGAUAGUUAAACCACCAAUUAGAUUAGUGUAAUUUAAAAAUAUGCUAAUAAAAUAACAUUGUUGCAGACACUUUGUUGAUUACAUACUGCACAAUGACACGGCGCAUGCGCUCUUGGAAUGGACGAACGGAACGGAUAUCCCCGAUGAAACGUUCUUCACGACAUUGAAUUUUAACCCUCAGCUGGGAAUCAAAGGCUCCUUCAAAGGUUUGGAAAUAACUUUAAUUUUUUUUUUUCAAAUGUCAUUAAUUGUAUACAGAAUGUGAGCUGUGAUUAUUCUUAUCUGACUCCUAAAAUUUCGUAUUCAAUUAUUUCUAAAUAUACAAUUUUGUGAUUGGAUACUGCUUUCCCCUUUAAAAGAACACUUUUGCUAUUUGACGUGGCUUUUAAAUUCGUUUUUUAAUUCAUAUUUCAUGAUGUUUUUUUUAUAUUUUUGUAUUUUUUUAAAAACAAAAAACAGUUUUGUUAACAAUAAUCUCCAACAUCCCCACCCCGCCAACUUAACCACAAUCGCCAACGUGUCAGUCCACCCCCGGACACCUCCUCCACCAGAACAUGCAUUACAGGCCUAAACACUAAAGGUUCCACACCAACUCUGUCGUCCCUCCACACAAAUGCACACAAGGAAAGUUGACAGUCUAAAAAAUACACAAUUUUCUGGUAACAGGAAAGCUGAAAAUCUAAAAGCUACGCUAUUUUAUGGUCAAGUGAAAACUGACAAUCUAAAAACAACACUAUUUUCUGGCGAAUCAUGACUUGCAACCCAUUAUUCGGUUGUUCGGUUGUAGAUGGUUAAUGCAUUUUUAUCUAGGCUGAAUCAUCCCUAGACCUUAUUUCUUACUGAUGUUGUGGAAAAUGUAUCGACAUUACAAUGUUCGUGCAGUAAUAUAUUUUUUGGCGUUGGUUUCAGGUGAUCCUGACAGCAUUGGCCCAUUUAUAUCCAGGUACAAGCUCUGGAGUCAUUUGACUAGUUCAUGCGCGGGGCAUUUCGUCCGAGGCAUCUGUAUUCUUGGUUUAGGUGAGUUGAACAACGUUUUUACCUGACAAUGGAGAAGUGUGGAGUGCAAAGCACGGGCUUAUUAAAAAGAAAUACCCAAAUCGAACAUCCCCUAACGGCUUGCUGCAAUAUUCUUUUAUAUUUUUUUUUUAACACGUUUACAAAUAGCCUUGAAACAUAGACAUGGGAUCAAAUGGACUGAAAAAGAGAGGGCAUCAAAUGGACUGAAAGCAUAGUGAUGGGACUAAGCAGCCUGGAAGCAAAGUGAUGGGAUCAAAUAUCCGAGGAAAAUAGCAAUGUGGUUUUAAAUAGCCUGGAAACAUAGAUUUGGGAUUAAAAAAUAUUGAUGAGAUUCUGUGUUGAAAUUGUUAAACAAAGUAGAAUGACUAUGUCUACAGAUGCUGUCAUGUUAUUUAGCAUUCUUUUAUGUAUCUACAUUAUACGUUUUUAAUUAUUUUUUUUAACUAAAAACUCAAUAGUCCAAUUACAAACCAAGUCACACCUACACAUCAGAAUAAUAUGUUUUGUUUUUCGCAUAAGAUCUGAGCUCCAACCUAAUGGUGCUGUUUGUGUGAUCAUUGAUAACGUCAUUUCCAGACCGUCUGUCUUCCAGGUGACCUGCCUCGUCUUGCAGCAGCCGUUGAAAUGUUCGCCAACAAGUUCUUCCUCUGGGAGGAUCGUGUCGUCAUCGGCUGCCUCGAGGAGAAGUUGUUUAACGACACGAGAGAUGAAUACCUGGGUGUCAAACGGUUUGAUGCCUCGUACUAUGGCGGCCUCAAUUUUGUGACGGACCAAGUCACAUAGAGAAACUAUAAUAUCUGCAUUUAAUUUAAAUGUAUCUGUGUGUUUGGGGGAUUGUAUAUGUUGCGCCUAUUUUACAUGCUAUAAAAUGUUUGAUAAUUCAAUAUUUACUUAUUAUUAUGGUCAAGCGUUAUUGCUAUUGUUUUCACAGUUUGUAAUGGGAGUCGCUUAGUCGAUUGAUUUGUCACGUGAUGAGAGUAAAAAACGAGUAAGACUUCCGGUAGGCUGUAUACAACACACCAGUGCUUGACAACAUUAGCCCGUUACACACUACAACUAGUAAUUCAAGAUGCCUAGACAAUGUUCGUCUUUUUGCUGUUCAAACAGUCAAGUUAAGGACAGCGGUAUAAGUCUGCAUAAGUUUCCGCUUAAGGAU